AUGAGGGUGGAUUUACCGCUCGCCUGUCGCCUUUUUGACCCCUCCGACUUUCCGUAGUGCAAGCGGAAGUAGCAACGCGCGGGUCGCUCGCUGAUUGCUUAUGAAAACUAUUUCGCGGGAGAGUUCGCUAGCCGGAGCUGUCUGCUGUCAACACUGACAAUAACAGUUAUUACAUUCAUAACACAAUGAGUUUGUGGGUGGAUAAAUAUCGACCGACGUCCCUCGGGAAACUCGACUAUCAUAAAGAGCAAGCGACCCAGCUGAAAAACCUGGUUCAAUGUGGCGACUUCCCCCACUUGUUGGUGUACGGGCCGUCGGGCGCGGGGAAGAAGACCCGCAUCAUGUGUCUGCUGAGGGAGCUGUAUGGACCCGGGGUGGAGAAGCUCCGCAUAGAGCACCAGACCAUCGUGGCUCCCUCGAAGAAGAAAAUUGAGAUUAACACAAUAGCCAGCAACUAUCACUUGGAAAUCAACCCGAGUGAUGCUGGACACCAGGACCGCGUGGUGAUUCAAGAGCUGAUUAAAACUGUGGCUCAGUCUCAGCAGAUCCAGGCGAGCACCCAGAGGGAGUUCAAAGUGGUGUUGCUAACAGAGGUGGACCGACUCUCAAAGGACGCCCAGCAUGCAUUGCGCCGAACAAUGGAGAAGUACGUGUCCACCUGCCGCCUCAUCCUCUGCUCGACCUCCACCUCUAAAGUCAUCGAGCCCAUUCGGAGCCGUUGCCUGGCGAUCAGAGUUCCUCUGCCGAGCACAGAAGAGGUCUGCAGUGUUUUGACAUCGAUCUGCAAAAAGGAGGGCCUGCUCCUUCCACCCGAGCUGGCCAAACGAAUCUCGGAGAAGUCCGGUCGCAACCUCCGCAAAGCCCUUCUGAUGUGCGAGGCGUGCAGAGUGCAGCAGUAUCCCUUCUCGGCGGACCAAGACGUCCCGCAGACGGACUGGGAGGUCUACCUCCGAGAAACCGCCAACGCCAUCGUCAGCCAGCAAACCCCUCAGAGGUUGUUGGAGGUUCGCGCCAGGCUGUACGAGCUGUUGACUCACUGCAUCCCUCCCGAUAUCAUAAUGAAGGGUCUGGUAACCGAGUUGCUGAGUAACUGCGAUGGUCAGCUGAAGACGGAGGUGGCCCACAUGGCGGCCUACUACGAACACCGCCUGCAGCUGGGCAGCAAGGCCAUCUACCACCUCGAGGCUUUCACCGCCAAGUUCAUGGCCAUCUACAAGAAGUUCAUGGAAGACGGUCUGGAUGGGAUGAUGUUUUGACUGACUAGAAAACGGAUACUUUUCUUCAACAGCCAUUGUUGUUGUUGUUUUUUUCCCCGACGAGACUUCCUUUGGACUUCAUACAGGUGUGUGUUCUGUACGGCUCGCUGUGGCAUGAACAUAACUCAGCCGGAAACAAGUCGGUCUUACAGUUCGUUGCUUUCUGCCCAGAAAUUCAGCUCUGCACAUAGUUUGUAAACCUAGAACUGUCACUAGUGGGGGGUUUUUUUUUUAAUGCAAACUGAGCAGUUUUUAUAGGUGCAGGCAAUUAUUUGUAUUAAAAACCAUAUGUAAGGCUGAGAUGUUUCCCUAAAUAUCUGCAUCAGAACAUAAUAAAUGUCUUUGUUUAUAUAAAAAACUAA